UAGUCCCUCACAGGGCUCGCACGUAAAUCGGCGGGAAAUAGCGAGUGAGUUGUGUGUGGAAAGUCUGCUGCAUUUUAGAAAUACUCGUCAGAAAAAGCAACUGAGUGAUUGCUGCCACUCAUGGACACGUUUGUGAGAGGAAAAUUGUCUGCAUGGCAGCUUGAAAAUCUUAUAGACACCUUUAAAGACCAGGAAGUGGAUGAGGAGAGUUUCCGUUUGCUGGAUGAUAAUGCAAUUGCCUGCCUUAUUCCUAAAAUAGGACAGCGUGUCAAAUUUCAGAAAAAUCACAAGGAACUUGUGAGUAAAAUGCAGUAGUAGGUUUUAUCUGAAGCAAGUCAGUUUCUGUUCUUAUCCAGACACCACUCUGUUUUAGACUUUUCCUUUGUAUAAUAUUACUGACCAGGUGGAUAGUGGUGGGGUGAGCAUUGUAAGAACUGUUGUCCUACGAACAUAGCUUAAUAAUGCCAUAUACAUGCUUCCGCUGCAAACAAGUAAUACCCGGUCAUGCAAAAGGUCUGUUUAUUCACCUGAGAGCAGUGCAUGGGAUAAAUUAUGCUUCAACAUUCUUUCAGUGCUGCGAAGAUGGUUGCAGGCGGACUUUUAGAUACAUUCGAUCUUUCCGAAGGCAUCUUCUUCAGCAUUCUGUCACAGAAAAGCAUUACCGUCCAGAACAGCAUUUCGGGGGGAGCACAGGAGCAUCUGUGCAGGGCCUCUCACGUACCAUAAAUGCAGAAAUGCAGAAUGCAGAAAUUGCAGAUUUAGAGACACCAACUCAAGAAAACAAAGAUGAUGAUUACUGGGAUGAGUUGGAACCAGAAACCAUAACAGAGCGGAUAGCUCUGUUUUUAGCCACCCUUAAAUCAAAAUCAGCUCAGACCUACAGUACAGUUAGCUUUGUUGUCCAACAGACAUCAAGCUUGAUUUCAGACAUUGUUGGUUCACUUCAGAGUAAGACUUUGUCUCUGUUUGAAAAAUUUGGUCAUAAGGAUGAUUCAGGGGUCCAAAAACUUGCCUGUGAUUUUGAAGAAGCUAAAAGUCCUUUCAAAGGAUUAGAAUCAGACUUUAAACAGAUGCAGUAUUUUACAAAGUCAGGCAACUUCAUUCACCCGAUAGAGGAGGCUUUGCCUGGAGUCUCCUAUGUGCAGAGAAGGGACUCUGCUACUGGGACAGUACGACAAGUUGCGGUUCAAGAUGUGUUUUAUCGCGUCCCACUGAAACCUCUUUUGACUAAACUGCUUGAGCUCCCUGGCAUUUUGGAUGCCAUCUUUACUUGGCAGCAAAGAGAAAAUGGAGUCCUUUUAGACUUUUAUGAUGGUGAGUAUUGCAAACAGCAUCCUCUCUUAUCCAGCAAAGUGUCUGUUCCACUUCUUUUGUACAAUGACGACUGUGAAACAGUCAACCCACUUGGUUCAAAAGUUGUGGUGCACAAGUUGGGGUUUCUUUACUUCACAAUUAAGAGUCUGCCCCAGAAGGAACUGAAGGAUCUUGAGGUCAAUGGUAUAACCCUCAACACACCACACUUCAAGGGUGAAAUGCGGUUUUCAGUUGCCCAGUUGUGUGGGGACAAUCUUGGCUUAAAUGCCAUUCUUGGAUUUACAGAGAGUUUCUCGGAAACAGGUGUUAAGAGAGACAGUAUUCUGAAUAAUCUGUGCUACUUCAAUGUGACACACAACCAGGUUGCAGAUGUCAUGCAUGACUUGUUGGAAGGGGUGGGACCAUAUGAGUUGAAGUUAAUACUCUGUUCACUGAUUGAGGACAAACACCUCACCCUUGAAAAACUCAACUUCCGAAUCACAAGUUUUGAUUAUGGCUUUCCUGAUCUGAAGAACAAGCCAUCUGUAAUUGGUAGGCAUGAACUUAAAAAUCCUGAAGGAGCAAUGCAUCAGUCUGCAGCCCAAACAUGGUGUCUCCUCAGGUUGUUGCCGUGUAUGAUUGGAGACCUCAUACCUGAAGAAAACGAGCACUGGGAACUCUUGCUUCUCCUUCUGGAAUGCAUGGAAUUGAUUUUCUUGCCAUCUCUUACACCAGAAGCUGCAGUUUACUUGGCUGCCAUCAUAGAUGAGCAUCACUCUCUGUUUCUUGAGCUGUACCCUAAUUUGCAUCUUCGUCCGAAGCACCAUUUUAUGGUCCACUAUCCUAAUGCAAUUUUGAAGUUAGGACCCCUGAUACAGUUCUGGUCUAUGCGAUUUGAGGCUAAACAUGGCUUUUUUAAACGCAUCAGCCAUGUCACCUGUAACUUCAAAAAUAUCUGCAAGACCAUGGCAUUUCGACAUCAGAUGAUGCAGUGCUACUCCCUUCUUUCUGGUUCUGUGUUCAAAAGUGAAACAGAAGUUGGCCCAGGUCACAGCACUUUGCUUGCUAAAAUUCGUCAGAUAUUGCAACGUUCCCUUGAAGGGAAAUCAAUAGUAAAGAGUUUGGAUGAAAUGCAAUCUAUUACCACCAAACAGAGGAGGCUACUUGUAAGAAUCCUUAUAUCCCACUUGCUGGAAACAAAUGGGGAAAUGCCAUCCUCAGACACAAAGAAAGGACUUGCCAUGGCUUUGGUGUAUGAAUUUCCAUGCCUAAAGGAUGAUACAGGCACUAGCUACGGAGCUUGGUACACACCUGGACGUAAACACAGGCCUGCUACAGGUUUCCUUGAAGAGCGUCUGCGGAAUGUUAGGAAACGGAUGAGAAAGUUAAAGCAACCUGGUCACCUAGAACCACAGCAGGAUUAUAUCAUCUCUACACCAGAAUAUGGAGUGCCUCUCGAAAAAGUUCAGGAGAUGGUUGAGUGGUUGAAGGUCCACAAAUAUCCCAUCUCUGAAGUCGAAAAUUAUAUGAAGGAAACGGCUGUUUACAGAGGCAAGUGGAUCCGCAACAAUGGGUCUAAAAGCAUUGCGGAAGUUUUGAAGGAGUUCCCCAGGCUUGUAGACAAUCCUGGCAUGAUUUCACAAGAUUUCUGUAUCCUGUAUCCUGAUGCAGCGAGGAAACUGUUUGAAAACUGGUCCACGAUAACUGAAAGAAUUCUUCCAUAUGCCCAGCGAGAGGGUAAACUGCCCUCAGUACUGGGUGACAUGACACCAGCUGCUAAAGAGGAGACAGCUUUGAAGGUCCUGCCAACUCUGCUUCCCCCAUCCAUCUACAGGAGAGGAGGAAAGGUCUUCAGACCCACCACAGAGGAGGGCCUGAAGUCAUUUAUUGACAUGCAACCUGUUGGGACCAACAUGGUUGAAUAUUUAAACCAUGAGAUGACUGGAGCCUUGCUGCACAUUCUGUGCCUCAGUGAUGAGACAAGGGGGACAUCACAGACCUUUGCCAUUAUUCCAGGCCACGCCAUUGAGACUGAGUCUUUGUUGGAGGCAGUUGAUCUUUGCUUUAAAGCUUUUUUUGUUUUUGAUGUUCAGUACACCAAGCAGUGUCUCCCCACCUGGGAGUUUCUCCAGCAUGCUGUAUAUCAAAUUGAAGGAAAAGAGUCCUCCUCUGUAAAGUUUUUGAGGACAACAGUUGUUUCAGGCCCACAUGAUAUGUAG